ACGUGGCCAGCUCCGGGCGCGGCGCUUGUUUUGGUUUCCCUCUAGCUUGCCCCUGGCAGCUUCAGGGUGAGUGAGUUUAUUGCACGGUUUGCCGCGCUCUCCUACACCUGACCGCCUCCUCUUCGGGCUCCCUUAGCCCGCAGUUCUCCAAGCCCCUCCGGGCGGGCUCCUGCCAUGCCGCUAGUCCGCUACAGGAAGGUGGUCAUCCUCGGAUACCGCUCUGUAGGGAAGACAUCUUUGGCACAUCAGUUUGUGGAAGGCGAGUUCUUGGAGGGCUAUGAUCCUACAGUGGAAAAUACUUACAGCAAGAUAGUGACUCUUGGCAAAGAUGAGUUUCACUUACACCUGGUGGAUACAGCAGGGCAGGAUGAGUACAGCAUUCUGCCCUAUUCAUUCAUCAUUGGGGUCCAUGGUUACGUGCUUGUAUAUUCUGUCACCUCUCUGCACAGCUUCCAUGUCAUUGAGAGUCUCUACCAAAAGCUACAUGAAGGCCAUGGGAAAACUCGGCUGCCGGUGGUGCUAGUAGGAAACAAGGCAGAUCUCUCUCCAGACAGGGAGGUCCAGGCAGUUGAAGGGAAGAAGUUGGCAGAGUCCUGGGGCGCAACAUUUAUGGAGUCUUCUGCUCGUGAAAAUCAGCUGACUCAAGGCAUCUUCACCAAAGUCAUCCAGGAGAUUGCCCGUGUAGAGAAUUCCUAUGGGCAAGAGCGUCGCUGCCGUCUCAUGUGAGCCCUCAAAUAUGGGGUAACUGCCUUGUCUUUGCUCCUGGCACUUGCCAGGUUCUGGUGGGGCAGGCCCUCAGGACUUCACGGGUAUUGUUGCCAGCUGUGACCCUGACCCUCUGGGCACACAGUGUGGUACCCUCAUGUUUGCACACUUUCCCCAGGCUCCAGCGGUCUGGGUGUCAAUGUUUACAAAAGGGCAAGGAUGUCUAAUGGGCACUGUCCUCUAGACCCCCCCUCCCCAUUUUUGUUAAAUGAAUUCUGUUACAGCCUGCAGAGUUGGGGUACAUGGGUCCUGAUAAUUAUUUAUACAGGACCCAACCUCCUGUGUAGGGUUUGGGUAUUGGCUGGGUUUGGGAAGCUAGGGAUUCCUGAAUAGGGGCUGGCUCCCUGGGAUGACCGUGUAUAUAUGCAAAUAA